AUGUCGCAGGAGAAUGAGCCGCUGCCGCCAGAGCUGCAAGAGCUGGUGGGCAUCUUCCCGGAGGAGGAGCUGCGGGCUCGGAUGCGCAAGGCCGAUGCGGCUGCGAAGGCAGCCAGGGCAGCCAUGGAGAGCACCGCGGCUGGCGCGGCUGGUGCGGCUGAUGAUGAGGCCGAGCUGCCGACGGCGCGUUUGCUUCGAGAGCCCUCACCCAACCCCUGCGAUGUGGAAGGAGGCGGGGGAGCAGGUGGAUGCCAUGAAUGCUGCCGGGUUGCCGCUCGCCGCGUCGCUGAAGAAGUCGAAGGCGGCUUCCGACGCCACUGUGCAGAGCGGCGGUGCCAGCGGCAGUGGUUCGAGCCGCUAGAGCACAAGCAGCCGGAUUUGGUUUUUGAUGGAAAACCUCGCGGCAGCCUGCCUUGGAGCCGUUACUUGUGA